AUGGCAAAAAUACAGCAAUGCCGCUAUCGGAAGAAAACGAACGCAAUAUGCAAAUCAAAGAAGAGACUCGAUGGACGUACCACAAUCGUCACAGGUGGUACGAGUGGUAUUGGCUUGAAUAUAGCCAUUGACUUCGCCACCAGAGGCGCUAGGGUCAUUGUGGCUUGCCCUUUCGAAGACGAAGGCUUACAAGCUGAAAAACUUAUUAUAGAAAAGACAGGUAACAGAAAUGUUGUUUUUAAAUUACUUGAUCUAUCAUCUCUAAACUCAGUCCGUGAAUUCGCAAACGAUAUAAUGAAAAAUGAAAACAGAUUGGAUAUAUUAAUGAAUAACGCAGGCGUUGGUAUACCAGCAGACUUCUUAACAAAAGACGGUAUGAAUUUUAUAAUGCAUGUUAAUUACUACGGUCAUUUUCUUUUGACUAUUCUUUUGCUCCCGUUGCUGAUAAAAACGGGAAAACCGUUUGAUAAGAGCAGAAUAGUCAACACGACGUCAAUAAGUCGUCAUCUUAGUUCAUUUGAUGUUGAUAAUUAUGACAAAACUAGUUACUGGUUCAGAAUUAGAAUAUACUCAAACAGUAAAAUGUGUUUAGUGCUGUUCUCGCGCGAGCUGACGAAGAGGAUAGAGAAUUGUAAUGUCGUUGUGAAUAACGCUGAUCCAGGAUGCGUAGCAACAAGGAUAUAUGACAGCUGUAGUUCAACAAUAGGAUUUUUAUUGGGAUUCCUAGUGAGAAUUCCCUUGCAUCUGUUUUUCAAGAAUCCAUUCGAAGGAGCGCAGACAGGGAUUCAUAUAGCCCUGGACGAAGACGCUGGAUUAGUUAGCGGUGAAAUAUUUGAUAACUGUGAGUUAGUUACUAAGGAAUUGUUUAAAAAGCAGUCCAGUGCAUUUGACGUGGCUGCGGCGAAACUAUGGAAAAGAUCGAUCGAUCUUGUGCAAUUAAAACAGCACGAAUUGAAUUUUUUGACCCCGUAGUAAUGAAAUUGAAAUGUUUUUUUUUUAUUUGUUUGAAAAUUAAUACAAAAUAAUUUAAUUUAUUAUAAAAGAAAAAUUAUAUAUAAUUAUAUAUGUACAAUAAUAACAAAUAAACACGUUCUAAUUGUAUCGGAGCUACUAAGUCUGUACUUUAGUUAUAGAAUUUUCAAUGAAAAAAAAAACAAAAUAAAACCAUCAAAG